AUGGAAAAUCCUCUCGUCGUCAUUACUGAAGAAAUGAAUGCGCUACGUAUUACUGUAUGGGCUGGAAUUUGGAGUGGAGGCAUUAUCGGACCAUUCUUCUUUUAUGGCAAUGUUACUGCAGAUAACUAUCUCGAUAUGCUUGAAGAAAAUAUUGUUCCUGCCAUUGAGAAAGAAAUGAAUUUAGACGAAACAUUUUAUAUGCAUGAUGGGGCUCCGGCUCAUUAUGCGCGAUCUGUUCGACAAUUUUUGGAAGAUACAUUUCCUGAUCGGUGGAUUGGUCGACGUGGAUGGAUUGAGUGGCCGGCAAGAUCUCCCGAUCUCACACCAACUGAUUUCUUCUUGUGGAGUGUGAUCAAAGAUCGCGUAUAUGCCAUAAGGCCUCCAAAUCUUCAAACGCUUGAAGAUGCUAUAAUCACUGACAUGCUGACAUGA